CAGACCUCACAGAAGAUGACGUUACUCACUCGCCAUUGGUUCCGUUCCACAGGGUGCGUUGGGAUCAGCUGGGCUCAGAGCGGAGGUUACGGCUAUCUUCCUCCCGAAAUUCCCUUCACUCACGAUAGCUCCCGUCCUGGCAGUGUCACGGAAAGACCGUUCCCUCCACCCUCCCGCCCACCCACUCGGCCGCCCACUCGGCCGCCCACUCGCCCGCCCACCGGCCCACCCUCGCCGCCUCAAACGAGACCUCCAUUCGACCCGCCUUCCCCUUCACCUUUUCCUCCAUUCCCACCCAUAACACCCCCUCGUCCUCCUACUCCAACUCGACCCCCUUAUCAGCCCUCACCACAGCCUCCAACUCGACCCCCUUAUCAGCCUUCACCACAACCUCCAACUCGGCCCCCAACUCGGCCCCCAACUCGGCCCCCAACACAACCUCCAACUCGACCCCCUUAUCAGCCCUCACCACAACCUCCAACUCGACCCCCAACUCGACCUCCUUAUCAGCCCUCACCACAGCCUCCAACUCGACCCCCAACUCGACCCCCUUAUCAGCCCUCACCACAACCUCCAACUCGGCCCCCAACUCGACCUCCUUAUCAACCCUCACCACAGCCUUCACCACAACCUCCAACUCGACCCCCUUAUCAGCCCUCACCACAACCUCCAACUCGACCCCCUUAUCAGCCCUCACCACAACCCUCACCACAACCUCCAACUCGACCUCCUUAUCAGCCCUCACCACAGCCUCCACCUCGACCCCCAACUCGGCCCCCAACUCGACCCCCUACUCGGCCCCCUACACAACCUCCAACUCGACCCCCAACCAGGCCCCCAGUUCAGCCUCCUACAGGUCCAUCCCAACCUCCAAUCCGUCCACCUACUACGCCUCCCCACGACGACCACCACCACCACGACGACCACCACCACCACCACCACCACAGCAGCGACCCCCUGGAGUGGCUGAGGGAGUCAGUGCCAGGAGAGCCAGGCGUGGACUACCCAAUUCACGGCUGGCCCAUUGUUGACACCAGCUUCUCCUGCGCCGGCCGACCUGACGGUUACUACGCUGACCCUGAGACCCGCUGCCAGGUGUUCCACAUCUGUCUCUUCGACACCGGCACCAAGGUGCUGUGCCCCAACGGUACCAUCUUCAGCCAGGAGCACUUCACCUGCCGCUGGUGGAACCUGGUCGACUGCUCCACAGCCCAGUCCUUCUACGAACGCAACAAAGAGAUCGGUAUA